AAACAUAUAUAGACUGCAAAUUUAAAUAGAUUUACAUUUCUUUGAUAAGCCUAAACCCAAAGCAUACCUUAAUUGGAGCAAUGAUAUAAAAAAGCGACCGCAACGCUGUUGUGCCGCAACGCGCAAUUCAUUUCACACCAAAGACCGUUUCAUCGAAUCUUAGCCGUGCAAUAGGUAAAGGGCAGGCAAGCAUAUAAAAAUGUUUGCUACGCUAAAAAACAAAAUUAAGGAGGAAACUGGCGAAGAUGUGUCCACGUCGGCAAGCCAGUCACACCAGCGGCACAAUAAUAACAAUAUUAAUAAUUAUCGCAUACGCAGCCGUCGUGUGAGCAUCAAUUCGAACGUAGCUGACGACACGGGCGGAGCCUACAACGAGUCGGAACAGUUGUGCCAGCUACGCAGCCAAUGCAAUGAGCUAUCCUCUAGGGUGGCUUGCCUCACCCAAAGCUUGCAACAGCUUCAGGAGGAGAAGACGCGAGUGGAUAAGACGAAUGAAAUUUUAUUGGAAACCGUGCGAGUAGCCCAAACCCAAAAAGACCUUUAUUGCGAGGAACAGGAAAAGAUACAAACACUGCAACAAAUCGAAAUUGAUAAGCUGAAAAGCUUACUCGGCUUUCGCGAACAGGAAGCCGUCGAUCAUAUGAAUGCCGUACGCCAAUAUCAACAACAAAUCGAGAACUUUAAUCAGGAGCUGGAACGUUUGCGCAAUAUAGAACCCAUUGCUGAGGAUCUGCGCGAUGAGUUGGAGCAGCUGCGACAUGCCACACAGCAGGAGAAGAGUCUAUUGACCACAACACUCGCUGCCGUGCAGGAGGACAAUCGUAAUAUGAAAAUGCGUAUGAAAAUUGUGGAGGAGCUUCGUUUGGAUGCACUGCCUCAUUUAAGCACAGAACAACAAGUGCAGGCACUUGUACAGGAGCACAAACUAUUGGAGCAGCAUCUUGAGGAAGCACACUUGCAGCUAUCAGACAUCAAGAGUUCAUGGAGUGGCCAAAAUUUUGCGCUCGAGAAGCAAGUGAGUCGCCUCUCCCAACAGGUGGCCGAGGAAACGACCGAAAAGAGAAAAGCCUUAAAGGCAAGAGACGAGGCCAUAGAAAAUUUUAAACAAGUUUCAUUUGAGCUCGAGAAAGCCAAAAUUGAGAUCAAACAAAGAGACGACAAGAUUAAAUUGUUGGAGGACGAGCUUGAUGAGCUGAAUGUUGCUCUGAAGGAAUGUCGCGAAGAGAACGAACAGCAAAUUCUAUUCGAACGCAACAAAUCUGAAACGCUAGCAGCUGAAGCUAAAGAUUUGAAAAUUCGCCUUACAACCGCUGACGAAAGAUUUAGUGAAUAUGUGAAAAAUGCCGAGCAAAUUGCGCAAAAGUUGCGUACUCAAGUUAUGGAGAAGCAAGAAAUUCUGGGUGAGACGCAAAUGAAAUUGGAAGUAGAGCGGGAGGAGAAAUUGACUGCGCUUCUACGAAAUGCGGAGAUUUCGCAGAGCGAAGAGUUGCUGAAGAAGGAGUUGCGGAUGGAGCAAACGGAGUCCAAUGAACUGCAUGACAAGAAUAAGCAACUCGAGCACGAUCUGCAAGAGGCAAAACAGGCAUUGCAUUUACUCAAGGAUGCAGCGGAGCAAAGUGCUAGUGAUCAGGCUAAAUAUGAGUUGAGCCAGCGUGAAAUUGCAGAGAAGAAUAAGAUAAUAAAGACAUUAAAUCAACGUUUGGGGGAUCUCAAGAAGACGCUGCAAAAGGAGUUUCGCAGCUCGCAAAUGGCAACCAUCGAUGUGGAUACGGAUCAAGUAACACCCGCCUUUAGAGUGACCAAUGCUCCCAUUGAGAACUUUCAAUCAGACAACAAGCCCAAUUGCAUUAUAAUGGACGAAGUAAAUUUUAAGUAUUUAAAACAUGUCAUUGUCAAAUUUUUGACUAGCAGAGAGGUCGAGGCACGUCAUCUGGUGAGGGCAGUUUCCACUUUGUUGCAGCUUUCCCCGGAGGAGGAAAAACUUUUGCACGAUACGCUUAAUUGGAAAAUGAGUUGGUUUGGCGUGAAACCGAGCUAAACCUUAUCACAGCUCAGUGAUAAAUGCAUUCAAUUAAAUGUGCAAUAAUUGA